UCUACCCAUGGCUGUUUUGUCACCGGUAGUAAAAGUAUCUUUAACUCAAUGUGCACCAAAAGAUCACUGGCCUGCAACGGUGGCCCCCUUUUUCGCCAGAAUUUCAGCGCCUCCAACAGUUCUUCUUCAGCAUUGCGACAGAAAAGAUGCAUUAUUUUGUGGCCCAGAGCUUCAUAAUGGUAGUUCUUGCCGGGCUUAGUCAGCAGGGUGAUGAGUUCAGUACGCCCAGUGCCGCCUGGUUGGAGUAUCAGCGGGAGAGAUUCGGUAUGAGUAGUAAUCCCCUGCUGCUCGGUUACACCAAGGCACCAACAGUCCAAAAUGUGGAAAUGGUGACCCCGAAAGUGGAGACCACUUCCAGGAAACAUUCCUCUAGCUCAACCGAAAACGCAAGUCAGGAAUCCGAGGAGGAAGAGGAGACCACAGAGCCGCCUUCCGAAGAUGAAGAAGUAGGGGUGCCCAGCGUUCAGGGAUUUUUCAAGUUCCUAAAGAACAUGCAGAAAACUUGGAUCAAGAAAUCGACUCUGACUUUCGGAAAGAAAAUAAAGCUGCUUCAAAACCUGCGAGACAAUCUCUUAAGACUCAUAGAGCAACAGUUCGCGGUUCUUUGGCAGCCACCAGAGCGAAAAAGGAGACGUCGACGUGGUAUUUUGGAUGACUCGGAAAUAGACUUUCCGCCUGAGGCGGCAAUCAUGAGCAUCAACUUCCUGACCUUCGCCGUUUUCCUCAUCAAACUGGUCAUGGUAUGUUUCACAAUUGGUUCCUCAAUUGAAAUAUGA